AUGGAUCAUGCGUUUCCAGUACCGGAACAUCUCCCUCGAGCCAGGACACAACAACCAGACAUUUCGACCCAAAUACUCACUGCGUUGGGUGAAUCGUCAAGUAUGACGAUUCAGUCUACUGAUAAAUGGGCUGAUGAGAUAGACCAAGCCAUCCUUCAAAUUAAACUGAGCUCACAAGUCCUGUUGCAGAAAUCUGUCCAUGACCGAUUACACCAAGAGUCUACAGCUUUUGACAAACAAAUGAGGGAAUCGAAAAGCGUUCAAGUUCGCUUAGGAAGUCUAGUGUCCAAAGCGGAUAGUCUAUCGUCAGACCUGACCGACCCAGAGAUCUUACGACAUCACUCAAAUUUGGCCCAGCGUUCAUUGGAUGCGGAGGUCAUCAAGAAAUCCUUAGAAGCUUUGAGCGACAGCAGGAGAUCGCACCAGAACCUGGAUAACUUGGUUAAGGCUGGUAAUCUUCCAGCAGCAGUUCUCAAAUGUCGCGAGCUGCAGGAUC